CGACCCUGUAGAAGAUUUUUCGCUUUUCUGUUCUUCGAUUGGAUUUGUGCCCGUAUACCCUAUUCUUCUCCCAUGUAUUAAAACCUAAUAAUCGGAAAUGCAAUAGGCUCUUGCGUUGACGAGUGUAACCACUUAUAUAAGCAGCGCCUCAUGAUCAUGAAGCCAUCCUAUCGUUGUAAAAACCUCUUAAGGAAGAUGCAACCGCUUGAUGAUGAAACUUGUGUUAGGGAAAGUUACAUAAGUAGUGUUGUUCAGUUCUGAUAUAGGACAAACAACACUGAAAGAAUCAAUUGUAAUCUUUUAGGUAUCGCGACCUGCCUUGUUCCAAGAAAGAUCGAUAUUAUAAUGCUAUCCCUCCGCAAUUCGUUAUCACACUUGUCCAGCAUAAGAAGUAAGUACAAGUAGCUUUCAGGACAGUUGGCCAGCUUUCAACAUGCAGUCAUCGUGAUAAGAAAAGCAGACAAGCAAUCGUGUUGAAUUGAUAGAUACGCCAUACGAGAUCUUCUUCUAUAUGUACCUCAAGAGUAUCCACUAUCCAGGAAAUCGAAAUGCAGUAAGAUUAAUAGAGAACACGGGGCACGUGCGCGCUCAUCUCAAUAAAACAAGAAGAUGUUCAAGCCACAAGGAAAUAUUGUCCCGCCUCUGAAGGAAGAGGACGCCUCUCCUGCAGACGGAAGUUGGGAUACCGCAGAGGAAGACUUUGUCCGACGUAUUCGACGACGAGAAUUCUGUUUCGAUCGAGAAGACUUGCGCAAUUUUAACGUUAGUCCCCCUCGUCCCCGCAAAGAUGCCCUCAUUGGAUCGGUCGCAUCAGAUAGCGCAUUAGAUGUACCGCUCGAACAAGAUACCGCGGGAAUUGGAGCCGGACCGCAUGUGUCGCAUGAAGAAUAUGUAGCUGCCGGUUCGUGGGCAGCACCGUCGGGCACUUGGAAACCAGGCAGAAAAAACGUGCAAAAGAAUCUUGGCUACCGCUAUGUCGGACUUGCUGCUUACUACGGCGGCUUCCAAAAGAAAAAACGCGUACGUGGUGGAGGCGAGAAGAAUAUCAACAAAACAACUUCCUCGUCAUCCUCUAGUACCUCUGGGGAUAGUACUCUUUUGGACGCUGAAAUGUACUAUUUACCGGCCACAAAGGGGGCACAGGUAAGCUCUUUGCAGAAAAAGAAGCAACCGGAGUCCGACGUUUCGACGUCGCUUGUCGAAGAAAGCAAUUUCGGCGAGGGCUCCUCUAGCUCCUCCUCACUCGAAGAUCGAGAGAAGAGAACCGGGAUAACAAAAUCAGCCGCAUCUUCUGCUGGGUACUCGAAAAUAUUUAUAAUAUAUCUUGUUGUUGUUGUUGUACAUACUUCUCAAGUCUGUAGAGAAGUGCUUUCCUCCAGUAUCAUGUUGCCUUUCGUGAACCAUGACGAAAAGCUUGUUGAACGAGUCGGUUCACACUAAAGGAUUUAGAAGAAAGACUACAUGGAAAUAAUUGUAAUGCGUCGAUAUCUAGAACAAGUAUUGCCUUGGCUGUUGUGAGUGUUUCCUUGCUUUCGUGAUUUAUGUAGAACACCAAAGAAUAUUUCGGCACACCAGGUGCUUUGGCAUUCCGUCUCAUGCUCCCCCGAAAAAAGGAUGGGCUAUGCAAAAGCAUAAAAAGGGUGAAAAGUUAGAAAAACAUAGCGACGAAGUCGACGCGGUUUUUGACGCCAAGCAACCUCCUUCUUCAGUAUCGGACGAUGACGAAGAGGCUUUUCCUGUACGAGUAGGAAAUCCCCUGCCUCUCUUCCAUACGUCCGCACACGACAUCUUUCCCGAACAAGGUGCUUUUCUUUUAACAGAUUUGGACGUAUCUGUUGCAACAUCCUGCAACGAUUCGAUAUACUAUUUAGUAGCUAGUCGUACAACUUGUAGAAUGUGAAGAUGCAGAUUCAUCACCAUAUUCAUCCUUUUUUGAGAUGCGCUCUACUUCGAAGCAUAGGAUUUCACAAAAAGAAUCUGAAACAAUAUUUCCUGUAUUCGGACGUGGACUCAUGACUUAAUCCUGAUAGACUCACAUCGUGGAGUUAAAAAAAGUGUCGUUCUCCGUCAAAAUAGAUUUUCAAGAUGGUCCAAAGCGAUACGGCACGAUGUCUAUACCGGCAGCUGCAGAGCACAAGGAAGACUCGGAUGUCGAUGAGGAAUGGGAGCCUCUAACGCGGGGGCCAGUGAGCCUGCUGGCCAACAACGCGAUACAGAGGGCACCCGAAAAAAGCUUCGAACUUGAGCUUCAAGGUUAUGAUGUGCUUUGUUUUCAUCAAUUUCAAUGCUCAUGUUCGUUCUUGCAUGAAAGAGAGUCUGACUCUGAUAAUUUUAUCGCAUAGGCAAUUCAUCGUCAUAGAAGAAUUUGAAGAUGAUGUCAGUCGGAUCUCGGCCUCCACAACCCAUACUAGUACAGUGUAAAUCUUCUAUCGAGAAGCAAAGGCAUGACUAGGUAGUGCGAACUUCAUUUGUUAUCGGCUCCCAUGCCGACGAAAACGCAAGGGCGCGUUGCACCGAUGAAAGGGGAAAGUGAUUCGGAAUCCGACGCAAUUGGGCCGAAAGGAAAGCACGGCAGCAGGGCCUGCACGCUGGAAAUUAAAUGCGAUGAGAAUGUUAUGGCGAAUUUCUAGUCAAGCACAACGUGUGCUACCCCAGCAUUUGAAGUAGUCGAUUUGUCGGACAAGAGGCCCCUUGUUUUUUCAAAAUAACAGAGUCUUACGUGGUCGCUACUUGUUGAAUAACUACUACAAGAGAUGAUAGAUAAACAUAAAAAAUAUUGAUGUGUGAUGUCCACCUCCACAGCAAGAUGAAGCGUUCAUAUUCCGAAACCCAAUGGAGUACCGGCGAAAAUAUCCGCGCGCACAUAGUGGAAAAGUAUUUCGCGUCGAGUAUCUGCUCCGUUCACAUCUGAUAAAGGAAGAGCAAGCUGCAGCUGCCGCAGAGGCUCGCUCCAGAGCCUUGAGCAGGAGUGGAAGCUCGUCCUCGUCAUCAAGUUCUACUUACGGAAUGCGAAUAGAGCACUUUCUUUACAUCGAAGAAAUAAGUAGAAAAUAUGAUCGAUCUUACUUAAUUAUCAUCCCGUCCAGUAUCUUCUCCGAGUGCGAAGGCGACAAGGUAGACUACAUUCAUUCAUUUUCUCGAAGUGCGCUCGCAGAUAAAGUGGGAGGAUCGACGAAGGAUGUCAAUGAGUGAAUGCUUUUGAUGCUGGGCUGGUCAAGGCUAGCGUCACUGAAUAACUGCAAGGAAUGACAAUUGAUGGCGUAGUGGAAAUUCUGAUAAUCGAAUUAAGAUUGCUCUAAUCUACUGCGUCUACCCAGCGAGCAAAGCGCGCGCUAGUAACCGGAGGGUUGGGGCCGCCAAUUUCUGGGUCACACACUGGACGCGAAGCAACAACUGUGCGUGGCAAAAGAUCAAAAAAUGGCAGUCUGCCGUGUAUCCCAGAGGAGGACGGAGAGGAGGAUGUAGUUCAGGCGGCUUCAACAAAGGGCAGGUCUGGGGCUCUAGUUAAGCACACGACCGGUGGGCAAGAAAAACGACCCGAUGCGUUUCCGCAAUACAGUGUGUACAUGCUGUACACAAUGCAGCGGUACGCGAAGCGUGAAGCGGCUAGGGCGCUGAAUAAGACAACAGCACCUGAUCAAAACGCCCGAGGAGAUGGAGGUCAGAAAGGAAAAAGUGGCAACACUGCUGCUGCGUCGAAGAUGAACGACUCAUCUACAACUCCCGGCGCUUCUUCAUCUUCUAGUUCAUCCAGCACGACAUUGGCAGUCGCUCGAACACAGAUGGGCUCGACCUCCAGUCCAAAGCAGACAAAGCCUGAAACCCCAGGAGGACUUCAGGCCUCGUUUUUGGUCGCGUAUAACAAGCGCAUGAACACACACGUUUUUCUGCCGGAGAACGACACGCGAAAGAAGCGUCGCCCUUUUGGCAUAACGUACAAUUAUGGUUAGCUUUUAUCCAUCUCUCUCAGCACGAUCACCAUUUCAGUGCCCUGCUUCCAUUGGAUAUAUUGGAAAAAGUACUGACAUGAAGGGACAGGUGUGAAUUAAAGCCCACUCUAAUACACGAGGAGACAGCCAGCUGGUGGAGCCGACCCGACGAGCUCCGCGGCGCUGUUGGAGAAGAAGGACAGGGCUCCGCGUGUUCGUGGAAAGUAUAAGAAGCAUGGACUCGGGCAAGCGACCUCCUUGAGGCGGUACCUCGCGGCGGGUGCAAUCUCUUCAUCUUCUUCCAAAUCUUCGACGUCGGAAGCAGAGGUCCCAAGUAAGUUUGCGAGCAUGCUGGUAAACAUUCCACGUGACGGUGACAGCGAGAGUCCGGAUCCAGUGCCGAUGUUCGCUGGAGAAGGUCGCGAGGGUACGCCUGAAACCAAAGUUUACAAACGGGGACCAUACAAGAAACGCAAAAGAGUUGAAGACGGGCAGCUUGCUCUGGAGGAUGCACCGGUGAAGGAGUCCAAGGGAAAGCGCGGGCCGUAUAUGAAAAGAAAGAAACCUCUAGCUGUGGACGACGAGACGACCGCCGUGAAUGCUAGUGCCCUUGUUGGGGGUCAUGACCUUGGAGGAGAAAAUGGAGGUAGUUUCCUCGACGAUGCGGUAGGCGGCGGUGCCGACAACGAGAAUAUGUCAGGUGUUACUACUUCUGUGAUGAAGCGGGCACCAUACACGAAGAGGAAGAAAGCUGUCGGAGCUGACGAAAACGGCGGUAGCGUACUUGGAGUGGGUGGGCUUGAAGUGGAAGAUGGGGAGUUCGAUGAUGCGGAACCCGGUGCCGAUGGUGAGAACAACGCCGCUGCUGCUGCUGCUGUGUCGAGUCAACCGAGCAUGAAGCGGGCUUCAUACAUGAAGAGGAAGCAACCUGCUGAAACUGCUGCUGCUUCGUCGAGUCAGCCGAGUAUGAAGCGCAGACCAUACAUGAAGAGGAAGAAACCUUUCGGAUUUUUCGAAAACGGGAGUAGUGGCCCCGAAGUGGGUCAGAUCGAAGAUGAAGAAGAUGCGUGUGUCAAUGAGGCCGAACUUGGUGCUGAUAAUGGGGCCGAAGCCGCUGCCACCGGUGCUGCUUCUGUACCGACGCGCUGGCCGUACAUGAAAAGAAAGCAGCCUGCGCUUGACGAGACGCCUAGUACUUCGGUUUUGCCAGUCCGGAAGAUGGACGCUAAAAGUUAUGCUGCUUUUAAAAGUGAAAGAUUACAACAGACUUUUGAUAUUUGUUGAAUCUAUCAUACUGUUUCUGUUUCUCUUCCGUGAUGCUGUGUAAGGACGCAGGCUGAUACAUGAAUAUUGACACUGUACUACAAUAUUCGAACAUUGAAAAUUAAUUCUAUGUAUAGUAUCACGUGGUACCCAGCUCCAUCUGUACGAGUUUAAGAUUAAGUAGAUGUGCUAGAGUUCGACAUACAACUAGUUACAAGUAGGUCGUGGAUCAUAUGCAACUAGAAGUGGACGAGAUCAUACAACCUGAUUGUACUAAAUGAAUCACACCAAUACAUACUAGGCAUUUCAGGUGUGCGCACCUCUUUCUUGCUCGUAUGAAUCUAAAGAAUGUCCAGUUCUGCCGGAGGUUGUAGCCAGCGAAGCGGAGCACAAACUUCUGGCAAGAUCUCGAAGUCGGUGAAAAUUCCGAUGAAGAUCUUCAAGAAGUCGAGUAAAGCCAGUGUAAUCAAGCAAGCAAGACGAUCACGAGGUUGAAGGGGAGGCACAACUAAACGAAUGAACGAAGUGGAGGUAGGAUAAACAGCAUCACAACUAUAGAUGAAAAAGGAGAUAUAUAGUAUAAUGAAGGAAGUUAGACCCUCGUGGCAGCAGAAGCGCAAGUGAGUCUACAGAUUUUUUGAUACAUAAGACCUUUUUUUAUGCGAUAGUAAAAGCCGCAUGCUCCUUCGAUUCCCGUCCUAACUUGUAACACAACCAAGUAGAAGUCACACUCAAGAAGGAGCAUAUAGAAAUGUUUGAGUUUGUCAUCGAAAGAAUAGAAUCGAUGUUAAACUGGAUGCUGCAACACCGAUGAAGAAAUGGUAGGAAGCAGGAAGCCGAAAAACAACACAGCCGAAAUUGGGUAUAAGUAUGGCACGAGCGCAAGCGCCCGUCGCGGGGUGGAAUAUUUAAUCUUAUUUAUUAUCGACUGUGAUCCGUUUCCGUUUAUCUGUUACUGUUAUUUUUGAAUUUCAAUUUUCCUUUUCAAAGAAUGUACUAGAAAUAGAUUCUACUCGUAGUAAAAAAAUGUGAAGUAUUCAAGACUCUACCGUCAUGGCCAAUGCCGAUUUUGUGUGGAAUAGUAAAAUCACAAGGGGACGAGAAAUGCAAGAUGUCAACAAACAGAUCGUUUAUAGCAACAGAAAUCACCGUCACUGCUACACCCUUCGACUAGAACUGCAAAAAUAUGAUGUACUCAAUCAUCUGCCCUAGCUGUACUUACAACGUCGCGUAGAAAACGUAGCUAUAUCGCAACGAGUAGGCUGUUUAAUUCUUGGUCGUCGUUGUUAGUUUUUUAGAACCACAGCGCAGGUGCCGUUUCUGAUGAAAGGGUUUAGAAACGGAUGCAGCAUCUUAAUUAUUGCAAAGAAAACAGGUGUUACAAGAAGGUGCGCCUGACGAUCAUGGAUAAAAUGUGUCACUAAAAAUCACGGUGCAUCAAUGAGUCGCAGAAUGAACACGGACUAACUUUUACCGGACCGAAUCUACAGGUACUGGCUCUUCGCUUACUAUAUUCAAUGAGCAGCAGCGGUAUAUUCCACGCAGUAUAUUGUAGCUCGUUGUAACAUUACCAACUCUAUGAUCGAUUCCGACCGGAACUUGUUUUGAUACAUUCUUUCAUCGAUAGAUAUUUUUGUUACCAAAUCCAACCAUGAUCAUAGUACUACAUCGAUCAGAUGAUCAUUUUUUUUGUAGCUAAAGAAAUUAUUGAUAUUCUAGGAGGUGUGACUGUGACUCCCGAUAAUUUGAUCAUCAUUUUUUCAUAAAAUGUAUCGGCCAUUUACGCUAGUGUAGUAGGGCGGCCAGGUAUUGAUCUAGUCGAGUACUUUUGAUAACCAUCUCCUCAAGCUGCGCCAUUGCCUGCUGUUCUUUUUGGAGCACCCUCAUGUGUCACGACAAGGAUGCAUAGUUUUUAGAUAGGAGACGAUCUUCAUAAGUUCGGAAUAACUGUGAUCACGCAACGUGAGGCCACGAAAAAAAGAUGAUGAAGCUAUCAUCGAUGAGAAGAACAAAUGAAGAGUUUUUACUAGUGCAUGUCAAUUUCCAGGCAGGAAAAGAUUGAUUUAAAUUUACUUAGUGUACAGAGUCAGAGCAACAAGCAUUAUCAUAACGACGGUUGCAUCAUGAAGAAAGACGCGGUCGCGGCCUAUCAUAC